GAGAAGACGUCGUGGCCGGAGGUGGUGGGGCUAUGCGCGGAGGAGGCCAAGAAGAUCAUCCUCAAGGACAAGCCCGAUGCCAACAUCGUCGUUCUCCCCGCCGGCUCGAUGGUCACCAUGGACUACGAUCCCCUGCGCGUCCGCAUCUUCGUCGAUACCGUCGCCAAGGCCCCCCACACCGGCUAGCUAAGCUUGGUACCUACACGGUUACACAAAAGUGACUAUUAAUGUCAAGGGACAUGGAAGAAUAAUUUCAUAUACCCCCCAUAUCCAUGCAUGGAUGUCACGGGCAUAUGUGUGCUAGCUCCUUAAUUUGCAUUGUCACUUUAGUUU